AUGGUGAAAGCUCCCAAAGGGAAUCAAGACUAUGCGCUCUUCGACAAUGCGCCUCGACGACUUCAGCACAAGCAGCUGCACACCCGUAACAAGCUCAACGAAUCCGAGCUUAUCAAUCUCAGGCAAGAUGGAUCUCUUGGCGGAUCAGGUGAUCACCAGAAGGCAUCCGCGGUCGUUCUUCCAUCAGGCGGUAGCUUGACGACGAUCGUUCCAGAUGGUCCAGAGGUAGCCGAAGCUGACGAACCGCCUAUAUGUGGUUACAAGUCUGCUCACUACCGUCCUCACAAACAUAACGCGUCAUCGCGCUUUUUCGCUAGUUUCCUCAUCGCCAUCGUCUUCUUGACCUCGAGCGUAUCGGCACAGGCCGCGACAAGCUCUCUGCCGACAUGUCAGCCGGUGGAGAAGAAACGCAAUGAAGCCCUUUUUGGCGUCGAAGCCGCACUCAUUCCGUUCCUCGUCAUCCUCUCCGGCGUACUCGCCGGUUUGACGCUGGGAUACAUGUCGCUGGAUUUUACACAGCUACAGAUCCUGGCAAAGACGGGCUCGGAGAAGGAGAAGGAGUAUGCUCGCAAGAUCAUCCCGAUUCGUAAGAACGGACAUCUCUUGCUCGUCACUCUUCUUCUCGCCAAUAUGAUCGUCAAUGAAACCUUGCCCGUCAUUGCCGACAAUGUCCUCGGCGGUGGCGUACAGGCCGUCGUGAUUUCGACGGCUUUGAUCGUCAUCUUCAGUGAGAUCAUCCCUCAAAGUGUCUGUUCACGGUUCGGUCUUGCCAUUGGCGCACGCAUGGUCUGGCCGGUCCAGAUUCUCAUCUACAUUUUCGGCAUCGUUGCAUGGCCUGUUGCAUGGCUCCUCGGACGUAUUCUCGGUCAACAUUCUGGCAUCGUCUAUCGCCGCGCUGAGCUCAAAGAGCUCAUCUCGAUGCACCAGGAAGCCAGCGGCCACGGUGGCGAUCUCGAAAAAGACACGAUCACAAUCGUAGGUGCUACCCUGGAUCUUCAGGAGAAGAAGGCGCUUGACGCAAUGACGAGCAUCAAAGACGUCUUCAUGCUUAACCGUCACACGACCAGACUUGACUAUGCUACAUUGGGUGACAUCAUCAAAUCCGGUCAUUCUCGCGUUCCGGUCUACGAAGAGAUGGAAGUCCCCUCGCCUGUCUCUACGCCACCUCCCCUGCCGUCAUAUCAUCAGGCGUUCUCGCUCCGCAAAGACUUUGCCGCACCAGGCUCUCCUGCCAGCGUACAAGUUCAAACGCCUGUCAAGCGACGCAAGAUAGUCGGCGUUCUGCUGACAAAGCAGCUGAUCCUACUCGACCCGGAAGACGCAACGCCCCUGUCAGAGAUUCCCAUCCAUCCUCUGCCGGUCGUCGCUGCCGAUCUCGCUCUCUUUGCGAUGCUCAACCAGUUUCAGGAGGGCAAGAGUCAUAUGGCAAUUGUCGCGCCCCGCCUCAAGCCUGAGGACGCUCUGCGCUCACCUACCAGCAUGCUCUCGGAGUCCAAGGCGAGCUCUACAGGGCAUGAAGAGCGAUCGAUCCUUCGUCAGCUCUUUGGUCGCGAUGAUGGAAAGCACAAGGCGGAGGAGAGCACUGCCGAGAAGGGUCUCAUGGUGCAGCAAUUGACAUGGUUUGCUGGCAGCAAGAGCUCGCUCUCUGGUGUGGGCCUUGACAUCGAUCGACCUUUGGGUAUCAUCACCCUUGAGGAUGUCAUCGAAGAGCUCAUUGGAGAGAUCUAUGACGAGACCGAUCGUAAUAUCGUCACGGGAGAAACUUCUCUCAAGACUUACAUUCCGCCCGAAGCCCACGAGCGCAUCGAUGCAGUACAAGCACAAGCUGCAGCUCUACCGCAGAAGUCGACAUUGCCAAUGGAGUCUGCGGCCAAGUCAAGUCUUCUGACCCGUACUGCCGCUUCCAUCUCACGAUCCAACACACCCCAGACUGUCGAGAGUACCGGUCCGCCGGCUGCCAAGAAUGCUCUGCGUCGCAUGACAAUUGGCAUGGCCCGAUCGCGCUCGGCGCCCAGCCGUCGGCGUAGCUCUGUGGACACAGCCGCUACCGCGCCGGCAGAUGAGGCAACGUUGACGGGUACACCCAUUGUCAAGGAACCGGAAAGCGCGCUCGAGCUCAUCAGAGAACGAACCCAUACCGGCAGCGAUACGAGUGGCGACAAAACUGCACAUAGCGAUACCGAGGCAAACCAAGACCUUCCCAAGCCAAUCGUUGCACGCCGUCGUUCGCUAGAUGCGCUCGAUCGCUCCGCCCGAGUGGACGGUCGCACGAGCUCAGUGCCGGCAAGCCCUCGACCUAUAGUACAAGCCUUGCCGUCCUUAGCGGAGGCGAUACUGCUCGAGCGCGGCCGUCGUCAGCUCGCAUCUCAAGGCACCGAUCUAUCCAACGUCAAUCUGCGCGUGGCUACACCUGCCUCGCUCGGGGAUGCAUCGACCAUCUUUGUUCCCUCGCCCGGGGAAUCUGGCCUAUCCUCUGCCAAUACUUCAAAGGGCAAAUCGUUCAAGACUCCUCUCGUACCUAUAUCGACUCCGCCCGCUAGCAGGCAGUAG